AUGAGAAUAAAAGCAAUAUUUUCUCUCGGGAAAGAUUCUACAAUCGAAGCAGCACAUAACCAACGUAAAGUUGUGGGCGUGAUAGAGCAUAGUAAUAUUGAUAAGGAAAUCAUUGUGACAGUUCAAAGUGUGGUCAAGGGUAAAGAACUCCAGAAUCCACAAUCAGCCAAAACCAAUGAGGUGAAUAAGAGUGUAACAGGCGAAGUUGUAGAAAAUGCUUCAGAUAAAUACAACGCGGGUCAGUAUCCUAUACUAACUUCGGAACAACAUACUAUUAUUCCAAAUAUUGAAACAAAUAUGUCUCCAACUUUAGAAAAAUCUUCAGGUGAAUCGCUGCCUAAGAGCCCUAAUAAUGAAAAUUCACACUUUGGCAAAAUUCCGUCUACCUCAAAAGAACAUUCCAAAGUAACAACACCUUUCAAGGCAUCAAAAUCCGGCUCAGUUCCAAUGGAACAUCAAAAGCGUACUGUUGAACAUACCAACACUCUCUAUUCAUCAACUAAUGAACGAAAACUAGAUUUAAUGAAUGCUGAUCGAGGAGAACCAAAUGAAAAAAGUGAAGAUGCAAAUAAACAGCGACAAAAUAUUUCUGUAACUAAUGACCGUGAGCUACCUGCAAGUGAAGUACAUCGUAACUUGAUUUCAAAAGAUCAUGGAACCAGACAUUCAGAUAUACCGGGUGACUCAAUGAUAAAUACAAGUGAUUUAAAGCUUGAGCUUCCCGAAAACUUGGAUAAUGACGAUUUUUCUAAAUUAUUUAAACUGGAUGGUAAAAAUGAUCAUGAACUCUUUUCUACCGAAGAUCUAUUGGAUCACGGAAUUGGUCCUCAUCAAAUCACCUCUAUGUCUGAAGAAACUGUAAACGUGGAACACAAGUUGUGCGUUAGUGAAUCUCGAAGAGGUUCAGCUUCGCUCACGCCAGAUAUCCAGGACACUCAUAAGAAUGUAGAUAAUGAUUCAGGAGGGGCCAGUACGAGUAACGAUAGUAUUAUUUCCCCAAAGCAACCUGAUACUAACGCAACAACAUAUGAAUCAUCUCAUAGAUUUGACAAUUCUUCAGUUUUAUUAUCCAAUCCGGGGAUUGCAAAAUCAACUACACAGGAUACCAAUAACUUUAACUACGAACAACCAAUGGAAAAUACCCCUGCCUCAAUUAUUCAAGAAAAAAAUGAUUUAUUCUAUGCACGUAGGCAUAACUCUUUAACGCCAAUGAUGUCACAACCUACUGAGAUGAACUGUCAGGAAACUUCGAAACUUGAAUCACAGGACCAUCAAAGUGAACCUAACUUAGGAGAUGAAUCUCUUAAAAACAAGGAACCGCUGCAUGAUAAUAUGCUUCCCGCUGGUCAAUUCAUAGCCUCAGCUACAGGGGCAUCCAACAUAUCCGAUGAACAAUCCAAGAUAUCCGCAUAUGCCUGCCUUGAUUUUCAAAAUUUUACAUUUUAUGUCCAAACCUUACAAGUCAUUAUCGGCAGGCGUUCAGAAAAUGACUUCACGCAUAAGGUUGAUGUAAACUUAGGUCCUUCUAAGUCAAUUUCAAGGAGACACGCAAAAAUAUUUUAUAACUUUGGGACAGAACGUUUUGAACUCUCUAUUAUGGGCAAAAACGGUGCCUUUGUUGAUGACACUUUUGUUGAACGGGGUAUUACUGUGCCGCUUAAAAACAAGACUAAGAUACAGAUAGGGCAAAUACCGUUUCAGUUUGUUUUGCCGGAUCAUGGAGUCAAAGAGAAAUUUUCAAGGCCUUCGAAGCAGAAAACUGAGUCAAUCGCUGCAAAUACGGAGUCUACUAAUAAUACAGUAACUGCGCAGGGCGGGCGUAAAGAUAGCAUUAUUUUGCCUAAAAAUAAGGAUAAGAAACCAGCUAAAGCACCCAAAGCACCCAAGAAGGUUUAUACCUUGGAAGAAAUCCCUCCUGAAUACCGUAGUAAACCAACUUGCUCAUAUUCCAACUUAAUCACCACAUGUUUAAGAAAGUAUUCGUCUUCUAAAGGGAUGUCCCUGUCCGAAAUAUAUGCCAGUAUCAGGGAACUUUUCCCAUAUUACAAGUAUUGUCCAGAUGGGUGGCAAAGUUCGGUAAGACAUAAUUUAUCGUUAAACAAGUCGUUCCGCAAGGUUUCUAAAGAAGGAAAGGGUUGGUUAUGGGGAUUAGACGAGGGAUAUAUAGCAGAAAGAGAAAAACAAAGGAAGAAACAAGCCGAAGCUCAAGCUGCUAAAUUGAAAGCUGCCGAAUUAAAACAAUUGCAAUUACAGGCGAAGAAGCAAACAACUAUAACAAACAAAUCUCCUACUUCUGCAAGUAAUGGUAAGCAGCCGAAUAUUUCACAGACACUUGCAGCGAACAGGUCUGAGAAAAAUAAUAUUCAAGACGAUAACCAAAGAACAAUGAAAUAUCUACAGCAACAGCUGAUGAUGCUAACCAAAAAUCGUAGGGGUCUAGAUAAACAGGUAAUGGCACAAAUAUUAACACAAGCCCUAGCCAUGACUAUUAACCAAGUGGCUCAAGCAGCUAAGAAUAAAGGUAUUUCGGGUAAUCCUUUGACAGCUUUAAUAGACAUAAAUCCGCAACACCUAAACUUGAUUUUGACCGCUGCAAUCAAUGCUGCCACUGUGAAGGUUACUGGGGGUAAGGUUAAAAAACUGGUAAACAUGCCACUUAACUCGCCUAUUGCUACCAGCAACUCCCCCCCAUUGAUCAAGAAGGACUCGGGAAGGAAGCCCCUAGCGCCCUCCAGUAAACCUCCUACACCAAGUAUUGCAAAUCCAACAAGUUCAUCCACUUUAAGACCUGGGGAGCCUUUUGAUCCAACGUCUUUAUCUAAAUUCUUUCAACCCAAGCAGCCGACAAGAUUGUCGUCUGCUCCUCUUCCUAGUACUAUGAGUUCAUCCGUUUUGCCUCAAAAACGAUCUGCUAGUGAUACGGAAUCUAGCGAUGAUGAUAGUGUAAGCAGCGAUGAAGGCUCAAGUGAUAAUGAUACAGGGAGUUCUAGUGAUGGAAGCGCUCCUUCUUCAGGAGAUGAAGAAGGUCAUGGGAGUGGGAAUAAUUCAAGUAGUAAAAACGGGGAUGGUGGUAGCUAUGAGAGUGGGGAUGAUGAUGAUGAUGAUGAUGAUGAUGGUGAUGAAUCCAGUACUGGAAGCGAUUGA